CUGGGUGAUCCCAUAUGAUAAACUGAAUAGCCUGAAAUGUGAUGGGUUGCCGCCUUCAUCGCUUGCCUCGGCAUUCUUCCGUGCUUAGGCUGCUUUCUAUAGAUAAAAGUCUCUCUACAUGUGAUGUUGACAUUUGUUCUCAUGUCAAGAUACAAUAAGGAAAGCUUUUGGGUCGCUCACUGUGAUCAUACGCCACCUUACUGCGUCUACCCCAUUUUUUCUCAAGUUUAAGUACAGAAGUUCAUUUCCAAUAUUUUCUAAGUCUUUUCAAAACAAGUGUAUUCAUACUUUGCCUCCUAUUCCAUCUAUUAUAUUUCCACCAAAACUUUCAACGAUGGCUUCAUCUGUGACGUACACGGCUUCGGAUGUAUUUUUUGAGGCUUUAAGCGAGUUUCGUGUAAUGAGAAUGCUCCAUAUUCAAAGCAUUGACUAACAAUUGCAAGUUUGGCAUUCAAGCCUGCUUCGUUAAUCUUGGGUCAGACCAUCCCAGUCUAAUAUAAUCAAUGUUGAAGGGACAGAAAGAAAAGAGAAGAAACUUUCCUACCAUCUACACUUGUCCUAAUGAAGUACAUAUCAUUUUAUCUUUUCCGUUUGUCCAAUGUUAGUUGAAGACUGAUUUAGCAUUAUUGAUAAAGAUGGUUGCGCUUUCUAUGGCUGAUGGUUGGGCCUGAGCGACUGGACGGGUACAAGCCGUAAUUGUUCAUGUUGAUGUUGGAACUCAAGCUCUGGGGGCUGCCAUGCGAUGCCCCAGACCAAAAGGCUCUCGUUCGACAAUAUAAUCGCUACGUAGGAGAGUUUCGUACGGGUUCUACCGUGAAGAAGACUGUUGCACGAGCGCUGCAGUUUGCUAUUAGUGAUCCCAAGGGACCCGCAUAUCUGGCCGGAGCCCGAGAAGUGAUGGCUGAGACUGUUCAGCCUCAGAAAUUUGAUACUGGACAGUAUGGACCUAUCGGCCCCUCUGCCUUGCUCCAAUCUACAGUCAAAAAAAUUGCAGAUGCUUUGUUAAAUGCUAAUUCGCCUCUCAUUAUCACCGGAUACUCCGGUAGAAACCAUGCUUGUCCUGCAGAGCUAGUCAAAUUAGCAGACAUGAUUCCUGGAUUGCAAGUUUCAGAUACCGGUGGUUGUGACAUGUGCUUUCCAGCCUCACAUCCUGCAUACCUUGGCUUUCAUCUCAGCUUUGACAAAUCUGCAACCGAAGCUGAUGUGAUAUUUGUUCUGGAUUGCGAUGUUCCAUGGAUUCCUUCUCGCAAUCGUCCUCGUGAGGAUGCAGUCAUAUAUCAUGUCGACGUCGAUCCCCUGAAUUCAACAAUGGGGUUAUGGAAAGUGGAUAGUUAUAUUGCUUUAACCAAAAUCAAUCAAUAUCUGACAACCUCAGAGCUUGCGAAGAAAAAGCUCGCAGACGAAGAAUCUGCAAAACGACAUAAGGUUGUUGCCAAAAAAUACCAAGAACGCAUGGAAUCCAUCGCUAGGCUUGCAACCCCGCCUUCCGAUGGCUCGCUAGAUAUUCAUUACGUUGGAGCCGCGCUAAAAUCCGCUGCACCACGGGACACAAUAUUUGUCGUCGAGGCCGCAACGUGCGCAAUGCCUUUAUCGGACCAACUACAAGUAGAAAUCCCUGGCUCUUUGAUUAAUUCUGCUGGUGUGGGCUUGGGAUGGAGUGGUGGAGCGGAUGCUGCCGGGACUCCAAAGUUUGUUUGUCAGGUCGUGGGUGAUGGAACCUAUCUAUUCACAGUUCCUGGAAGUGUAUAUUGGACUGUAUCUCGAUACGGUAUACCAAUUUUAACAAUCGUGCUCAACAAUAGAGGGUGGAACGCACCUCGCCAAUCGCAUCGGCUCGUUCAUCCAACAGGCCUUGGUGCCACAGCGUCGAAUAAGGACAUGCAUAUAUCAUUAGAUCCUUCUCCUGACUAUAGCGGAAUUGCUAAAGCAGCAGCUGGGGAUAAUUUUGGCUCCCUUCAGGGUAGCCUAUUUGCGGUGAAAGUUUCUACAGCUACGGAACUAAGUAAUGUGCUCAGCAAGGCUGUGAAAGAGGUUCAAAAUGGGCGUGGAGCUGUUGUAGAAGUAGUAUUGAAUGUUGAUGAGAUGGGCGAUUUCAAAAUGCGUCGAGAAUGACCACCUCCGAAACGAGAUUUUUCGAUUGUAACUUCCAACUUGUCAAUCAUAGUAAAGAUGACAAUUUUUGCGCAGCGUGU